AAUAGCUAUCUGCAUCGAAAUGUUAAAAGAAUACCUGUACACUUGCCUUAUACUCGGUCUAGUCUAUAGCAACACUUAUGCCCUGCCGAAUGGAACAUUGUGUAUGGACUGCACGGAGAGAAACAGGGAGUGCACCAUACAGCAGACGGGAUACAGUGUAAUCAAGCAAACCGACAAUUCCUUGAGAAAGAUCAGGCGAGGCCUAUUAUAUGUACCCGUGGCCAACUGCCUUCCGAUGGGCAUGCAAAUCAAUGCGACCACGUUCGAGGCUCUGUGUGUUUGGUCACCUAAGCUGGGAUGCCAGGUUAUGAUACACAAGUUCAGGAAGAUGCAAAUGUUUUGCAACGAUUGCAUACCGCCCUUUGAGCCCCUCAACGAUGGUGUGACACGAUGUCCCUGCCAUGGCUUCAGAUUGAUUGACUCCGGCUCGGGAGACUUACACAGCGGUCCCCUAAAAUUCCUGAUUGCAUUUCAUUUAGUGCAGCGGUUAAUGCUUGAGUAAAAAAAGUUUUUAGA